ACAAGACAACAGGAAAUUGUUGACGAGAACAGCUAGGGUCAGACAGUUCAUAUCAUACAAAGGAACAGUAGCUUCCACAAUGGAUAGGCAAAAGGCUAGCCUGUCCCCCUCCACCCUCCAGGAGUCCCCAGGUCAUUCUCCUCUCUGUACUUUACUGCUGGUUCUGGUCGACUGCAGGAAAACACCGGGGCAGACUGGAACUGAGAGACUAGAAGAGGAACAUGGAGAUAUGAUUUCAUUAAGGGACAUCUGUAAUGGUUGCUCUCUAAGUGGGAGGGGCUUAUCAUCUGGGGAGCCUCAACAACAUCAUGAUGCUGAGAAGAAAGAGAAGAGUCUCUCCAGAUCGAAACACCGGCAUAGAGGUAUAGAGAAGAAACCUCACCGCUGCUCUGUCUGUGGGAAGAGUUUUGCUAAACAAGACUUGACUAUUCAUGAGCAAAUUCACACCAGAGAGAAACUGUUCCACUGCUCUAAGUACGGGAAGAGUUUCACUGCAUCUAAAACUUUAAAAUCUCAUCAGAGAAUUCAUACAGGGGAGAGGCCUUACCCCUACUUUGGUUGUGAGAAAUGCUUCAAACAAUGGAUUCCAGACUACACAAAACACACAGGACCGACUUAUAGCUGUGAUCAGUGUGGGAAGAGCUUCAGUCGAUCAGGAGACCUGACUAAACACAAACACAUACACACAGGAGAGAAGCCUUAUAGCUGUGAUCAGUGUGGGAAGAGCUUCAGUCGAUCAGGAGACCUGACUAAACACCAACGCAUACACACAGGAGAGAAGCCUUAUUGCUGUGAUCAGUGUGGGAAGAGCUUCAAUCAAUCAGGAAACCUGACUAAACACCAACGCAUACACACAGGAGAGAAGCCUCAUAGCUGUGAUCAGUGUGAGAAGAGUUUCCGGACGUCAGAUCACCUGACUAUACACCAAACCAUACACACAGGAGAGAAGCCUUAUAGCUGUGAUCAGUGUGGGAAGAGCUUUAAUGAAUCAGGAAACCUGACUAAACACCAACGCAUACACACAGGAGAGAAGCCUUAUAGAUGUGAUCAGUGUGGGAAAAGCUUCAAUCAAUCAGGAUCCCUGACUAAACACCAACGCAUACACACAGGAGAGAAGCCUUAUAGCUGUGAUCAGUGUGGGAAGAGCUUCAAUGAAUCAGGAAACCUGACUAAACACCAACGCAUACACACAGGAGAGAAGCCUUAUAGCUGUGAUCAUUGUGGGAAGAGCUUCAAUCAGUCAGUAAAGCUGACUACACACCAACGCAUACACACAGGAGAGAAGCCUUAUAGCUGUGAUCAGUGUGGGAAGAGCUUCAAUGAAUCAGGACACCUGACUAAACACCAACGCAUACACACAGGAGAGAAGCCUUAUAGCUGUGAUCAGUGUGGAAAGAGUUUUGCUCUAGAUUUCACCCUGACUACACACCAGCGAAUACACACUGGAGAGAAACCUUAUUCCUGUCUAUGUGGAAAGAUCUUUGCUCAUUCAGGGUCACUGAAAAAACACCAGGAUGCACAAAUAUGUUGUUUUUUAUCUCCCUCCUCUCCGGCACCAGUUUCAGACCUCUAAAGGAAGUUUCAAUAGAAAACAUUGUAAAGAGUCAUCCAUCUCCCAUUCGCUAACAGUUUACUCAGUCUGAUUACCAUGGUAACAUGUGUAGAUAAUAUGCAGCUCUGGAUCCAUAUGUAUCAAGAGUCUUGGAGUAGGAGUUCUGUAUCUUAUUUCAUUAACUCCUAUUGUCCAUUAAAUAAUGUAGAAUAAUGUUUCAACAAUUGUAGGCAUUCAACACCAUAGUACCCUCCAAGCUCGUCAUCAAGCUCGAGACCCUGGGUCUCGACCCCGCCCUGUGCAACUGGGUACUGGACUUCCUGACGGGCCGCCCCCAGGUGGUGAGGGUAGGCAA